UUUUAAUAUAUAAAAAUAUUAAAAAAAAAAAAUUUCAAAAAUAAAUUUUAAAAAAUUUUAAGUGUAUUUAUUGCAAAAAAAUCUUGUUGACUUAAAAAAGUACCGUUACUUGCAUUAAAAAUAUACAAAAAAUACAAAAUCAAAUGUCAACUGUGUAAAUGUCAAAAUUUGAGCGAUAAUCGUGUUUAUUAGUAGGAAAUAUGCUGUUAUAGCACUCCCCACUUUUGUGUGUGCGCCAAUAACGGUUCUCGACUGGAAGACCCGCAGAACGUAACAGGCAAAUAAGCAAAAAGGUGAAAAUAAGUGUGUUAAGUAACUAAAUGCUUCCGCUUCACACAAAAAAAUACAAAAAAAUAUAAAAAAUCUAAAUAGCAACAACAACAAAUACAUCAAAGUGACAACAACAACAACAAAAUCAAAGUGACACAACAACACCCCCAAACAGUGAGUGUUUGUCGCUUUGAAAGUGUCAACCAAGCCAACGCACGCGUCAUCCGCAACAUUAGCCAGCUGUCGGGCAAUUAUUUGGACAGCAAUUGAAUAUUUACAUACCAACACAGACAAACAUAUAUCAUAUCUGUAUAUAUGUAUGUAUAUAUAUAUAUAUAUAUAUAUAUAUAUAUAUACCUAUGUACACGCAUGCACACGUGCAUAUGUGCCAACGUAAGUGACGUGAACGUGACACGAAUGUGAUUAGUGAACGCUACCGCAAAACAUUAAAAUCCGGAAUACAACAACAGCUACAAUAACAACAACUGUAACUAACGGCCAACCGCAAUUUGCAUAGCCUGUCACACGCAAAUCAAUACAUAUAAACACCCAGCGUCACACACACAUAUAUUCAAUAUGCAAUCGACAACAUCGCCGAGUGCAUCGCCGCCAGAUUUCGAUUUUAAUCUGCCGUGUCGCUACUUUAAAAGCUCCUUUGCGCGCUCGCUAUCCAUGUAUAAUGGCGGUGGCGGCGCUGGUGGCGGUGGCGCUAAUGAUAUGCAGUGCAAGUCGUUGGAUUUCGAUGUCGGGCAGUAUCGCAAAAUUAGCGUUUUUAAUGGCAACAACAACAACAACAACAGCAUCACUAACAGCAACAACAAUGUCACUUGUGAGUACAACAGCCUGGAGUGUCCACCGCUGCCGCAACGCCGACAAGUGACAGCCGGCAAGAAUGAGGCCAACAACAGCAAUAGCAAUAACAAGAACAACAACAGUAGCAACAACAACAACAUUGCUUACUUAGAAAGCGACGCCAGCAGCGAUGAGCCAGCCGAGCAGGCGGAGGAUGCCAAGCCGCCAGCAAUACCGGCGCGCUGUCCCAUUGUUGUCGCCAAAUCAAAGUCAGCCGGCGCAUUGAAUAUGCAGCAUAGGCAACAACAACAGCAGCAGCAGCAACAACAACAACAAAUGUUGGCACAAUUCAGGCAUGCGGCGAUUGCCGAGAAUGCGAACGCGAGUGGGAAUGCUGCAACCGCAGCCGCUGCCACUGCCGCCAUUCAUGGGAAUUUUAACAGGCCAAUUAAUCACAAUACAUUGCCGCCGCAGCCACAACAACCACAGCAGCAACAACAAUUGAAUGGCCAAGCAAACAGUGCCAACAGCGCCAACAAUGAAGAUGCGCUCGGCAACACAGCAAGAGCUGGCAGAAGCCGCUGCAAUCUAAGCAACAACAGAAGGAAUGUUUGGCCUACAGACCGCGUUGACUUGCAACAACAACAACAAAACUAUCAAACACAACAACAGCAGCAGCAACAGGAUGACAAUCUCAUGUUUGCUGUUGAGGCUGAAGAUGACGUGAACAUUAUGAACGAUGAUGAUGGCAACGCAACAAUAGCAAUAGCGCAACCACCUGUGGCUGCCACACGUUCAACGCUAACGGCUCAUUAUGCAGCGGGCGCGAAGCCUCCUGUUGCUGCGCGCACCACACCCGCCUGCAUUGAACAGCGUUUGCCCGCCUUUAAGGCACACAGCGACAACUCGGCCAAUGUGCAGGUGGUGUUGUUGCAAAAUCAAGUGGACACACUGCAGUGGCAAUUGAAGCAGGUGGAAACAAGUAAUGAAAUGUAUCGUGCUGUCAUCGAGGAGAUUGCGCGUUUCCUUGAUCGUUAUCAAACGCAAAAACAACAGCAACGCCAAUUACAACAACAGCAACAAAUAUCCCGUUCCAAGAGUCUCUACCAAGUCUACGAUGGCAACAGCAAUUGCGAAGGUCACGAACAAAGCACAAGCGGCGUUGGCGCCUUUGGAGAUAAGUCAAUAGGCACAUCUUCGUGUUUGCGUACGCGCAGCACCAGCAACCUGAUCGUCGACCUCAAGCAAUCGGCCAUACACAAUGGCAAUGCCGCAAAAUCAGGUGGCGCCACAAACAUGAAGCAUAGCAGUCUGGCAACAGCAGCGGCAGAUAAGCGGAGUUAUGAUGCCAUCAAUACCACAACCAACAACAAUUCAUACUCAACAUUCAAGGACUUCACCUGGCGCCGUUCACCCAAAAAGUAUGCCGAGUCCAAAGCUCAGGCCGCUGCUGAUGAUUUGGAGGAAAAACUAAACCAGGAAGCUUUUCGUCUUUCGCGCACCAUACAAAAUCUACUGAACACAUCUACACGACAACCGGAUUUAACGCAACAUCGCAACGCCGCGACGGCCUGCAACAAUGCACUGCACACGAAAGUGGCUAAAACACCAACAACACCCACAAUACCGACUAUCGUAACCACAACACUCAUUACACCUGCUCAAAACAGUGCGAACAACAAAGUUAAUGUCACAGCCGCUGCGGACAAGCACCACAGUCGCAACGUCCCAGCCGCCAACAACUCGCUUGCCAACGCCACGGCGGAAAUGCUCUUCCUGCGCGCCACUAACAUACGCGACUCUCGCCUAUCGCUGCGCAGUUCCACUGAUAGCUCUGUACAUUCCACCACCUCCAAUUCGUCUGUGGUUUCCACCUCCUCGUCCUCGGCUGCAUCUACUUCGUCGGGCAAGGUGGAGACAGAUGAAGAUGUAACGCUACAUCAUCCAUUCCAUCCGAUUUCACUGCCAUUCAAACAGCACCAACAUCCGCUCAGCUCAGCCACCGAAGACGAGAGUGGCUUCAGUUCGAUUAGCUCAUUUCAGGAUAUCGGUGUACCGCUGUGCUCCACAAUGAUUUCGAACGGUACAUCCACACCGAAUCGUUUAUCAUUGGCCAGCGUUAAAUUGGACACAGCCAGCUUGUGUAAUGGCAACGGUGCUGCUACCGCUGCUCCAGGGCUGUGUGAUGUCGUUGAGACGCGUGAAUUCGCGUGCGAUAGUCGUAAUUCGACCUUGAAAUCCAAUCAUUCCGGCAAUGUGCUGGGCGUACCACUACAAGCCACACACGACAUGCAACACCGUUGGGAUACAACAACAACGAAAACCAGUUAUCGCAACGCCAACAAGUACCAACGUUUCUCCACGCUCUCCAAUGAGGAAGCGGCCGCCGUACUUUGGGUGUAGAAGCGCACAUCGGAUCUGCAUCGUCAUCGUCUCGCCUCAAUUCUACUUAGUGCAUUUAAUUUAUUAAAUGUUUCUUUUAGUAAAGAAAUCGAAAGUAUCACAUACACACACAUACACAUACACAUACAUAGAUAUAAGUCUAUUUAAAUUUGUUUCAUUUUGGCGAAUUUGAAAAGAGUUUUGUUUUAAAUUUAAAUUUUAGUGCGUACAUCACGUUAUAUUAUAUUUAUACUGUUAUAAGUUGGUACGAUUCAGUGCCUUUUAAUAUGUUAAAUGUUAUUUUUAGAAAGGCAUACAUUUUAUGAUUUGCAUUCUCAAACUCUUCCAGUUUCUGUCACACGAAUUCGCGCUGCAUUUAUUAUGCUAUACAUACAUACAUACACACGUAUACAUAUGUAUAUUUAAUACGAUCCAUAGUUUUAAAAACGUUUACUAAACGCUAAGAUAUUAUUGAAUAUUAAAUAAAACGCCAAUUGGUCUAAUUAGAUUACACUGAAAAA